GAGAGCAGAAAUGGAGCAGAGUCAGUUCGACCGAGAGACUUUCUCCUGUUCCAUCUGUCUGGACCUACUAACGGAUCCAGUGGCGACUUACUGUGGACACAGCUACUGUAUGAACUGCAUUAAAGAUCACUGGGAUGAAGAGGAUCAGAAACGAAUCCACAGCUGCCCUCAGUGCAGGGAGACAUUCAUACCGAGGCCUGUUUUGAAGAAAAACACCAUGCUAGCAGCUUUAGUGGAGCAGCUGAAGAAGACUGGAGUCCAAGCUGCUCCUGCUGACCACUGCUAUGCUGGACCUGAAGAUGUGGCCUGUGAUUCCUGCACUGGAAGAAAACUGAAAGCCAUCAAGUCCUGUUUAGUCUGUCUGGCCUCUUUCUGUGAGAAACACCUUCAGCCUCAUUAUGAUUCAGCUGCAUUUAAGAAACACAAGCUGGUGGAGCCGUCCAAGAACCUCCAGGAGAAC